AUGCUCCGAGAAAAUCUUGACCAUAGAAUCUUUCUGCUGAUACAUCCCCUCCCCGCGGGUUUGUCACAGGCUCAUCCUCUGGUUGCGAUCCGAACUGCGAUUGGGAUGGGUGUUUUUGAUGCGUUUGCCGCUGCGGGCGGUGCCGAAUUGACUGUCGAUGAGUUGAAUGAAAAGACUAAGGGCGAUAAGGCCCUGUUGGUCCGCAUUAUGCGGCUCCUGAGCGCCAAUCGCCUCUUUACCGAAACCGGAGUGGACAAAUACCGCCCCCAGCCCUUAGCGCUGGGAUUUGCGACCGGUGCUCCGCCCGGUGAGAUGAUAAAAAUUUGUAGGUGGCCCAACUCGAAUUCAAGGAAGGACAUUGAUGAAAUGGCGUAUAUGAAGUUUAAGGGCGUCAAUCCCAAGACGAAGAAGCCAGAGGAUAGGGAGGUGAAAUUGAAGGAAUGGAUGGAUAAGUUGCCCAAAGGCGAGGAUCUCCUGGCCCACGCCGACGAAGUCAUUGAUGGACAAAUCGGAGAAUUGAAGUCAGCUCGUGAGGAACUUCUCAACUCCAAACGUAUAGUCCCUCUCUUUGAGUUUCGGGACAUUGGCAGUGCCCCAAGCAGUCAUUUUCAAAAGGUGGUUGAUGAUAUCGAGGACAGCCUUGUGACACUCCAUAAGAAGUACAGCAAGUGA